AUGGAUGAUAAAUCCAACAAACUGCUCCUCGUCCUUGUUUUAGCCGUCCUGUUCAUUAUGAUCAUCUCUCAGUACAUCUGCCCAGGUACCAGCUCGUGCCAAAUCCGAGGGGGAGGAGCGCAGAGGCUGAGGGGGGACAAGGCACCGGGUUCAGUGCUGUCACAGCGGGAUUCCUACAGAGAUGAGGAUGACAACCCGGCUAAGUUCACGGCGAAAUUCAACUUCACCGACGGAGACCUCCGGCGGUACGUGAGAUUUAACAUCAAGGGAAACGACGUGAUUGUGUUCCUGCACAUCCAGAAAACCGGAGGCACCACGUUCGGGAGGCACUUGGUGAGAAACAUCCAACUGGAGCAGCCCUGCGACUGUCAACCGGGACAGAAGAAGUGCACCUGCCACCGGCCCGGCAAGAAGGAGACCUGGCUCUUCUCCAGGUUUUCCACGGGCUGGAGCUGCGGGCUGCACGCAGACUGGACUGAGCUGAUCAACUGCGUGCCAGCGGUCAUGGACAAGAAAGAGGUACAAAAGUCUCACAGGAACUUUUAUUACAUAACGAUGCUGAGAGAUCCAGUGUCCCGUUAUUUAAGUGAGUGGAGGCAUGUUCAGAGAGGAGCGACGUGGAAGGCUUCCCUGCACAUGUGUGAUGGCAGGACCCCCACACAGGAUGAGCUGCCCACCUGCUACAUUGGGGAUGAUUGGUCAGGCUGCACUCUCCAGGAAUUCAUGAACUGCCCUUACAACCUGGCCAACAACCGCCAGGUCCGCAUGCUGGCAGAUCUCAGCCUCGUGGGAUGCUACAAUUUAUCUAUCAUGACAGAAAAUAGGAGGAACGAGAUCCUUUUACACAGUGCAAAAAACAACCUUAAGGACAUGGCCUUUUUUGGACUCACUGAAUUCCAAAGGAAGACUCAGUAUCUGUUUGAAAGAACCUUUCACUUGAAGUUUAUCUCGCCUUUCACUCAGUUCAAUAGCACACGAGCUGCCAGUGUCGAGCUCAAUGAGCAGACUAGGAAACGCAUCGAGCAGUUGAAUUUUUUAGACGUGCAGCUCUAUGACUAUGCAAAAGAUCUCUUUUUACAGCGCUUUCAGUACAUGAGGCAAAAAGAGCACCAGGAGGAGAAGCGAAAGCGACAGGAGGAGCGGAGACUGCUUCACGAGAAACAGGCAACGCACUAUAAACCACAGACCAAGGAGACCAUGGAGAGUGUGACCACAGAGGACUACAGCAGUCAAGUGGAAAGAUGGUGA